AUGACCCAAAGGGUUGUUUUGCUAAUAGGAAUUACUACUCUGGCUUUUGUUUUUGAGAGAGGGGUUAUGGUAGCUGUUGAUGAUGUCUAUAUUUCGCAAUCAGCAUCAGAGCUGUGUGUCGAGAAUGCUAUUUAUCUCAACUCUCAUAUGCUUGCGGUUUGUCUGGGAGAGAUUGCAGACUAUGAGCCUUUUCUCAGAGCUUUGCAAAGUGGGGGUGAAAGAUGCUUCUCUGUGAAAGAAGCAUCAAAGUGGGUGGUUGACACUCUUUGUUCUAGCAGCGAUUAUUAUUUGUCAUUAAAAUUGCUGAUUGUGGGAUGGGAAAAGAAAACUGGUACUCCUCACUUGUAUGUGGACAGUAAGGGUAAUUGUAUAAAAGCAAAAUCUUACAUCAGUGCAUCUGCUUCAACCUUUACUUAUGGUGGACUGAUGAUCUCGGAUUUCUUUUACGAAAGGUCAUAUAAGCAUGCUGCAGUGUUUGCUAGAAACACAAUCCUCUCUGCUGCACGGGAAGUUGCAUUUAAUAGACUUGGUACUCAAAGGUUGAGAAACUAA